CCUGCGCAGAACAUAAGGGGCGUCAAAUCCGCCAUAUUGAAUACACUGACAGGAGAGGAGACGAAGGGAAGGCUGAAAUUCCAACUAAUAUCAGCGCCAUCCUCCAUACUUCGCUAAUUUUGACACCAGGAGGGAACUCUUAACUUCAUAAUAGAACAGCCGACGGGCUGAUUUUGUAUCUAUAGUCAGCCAAGACGCUUAAACAUUUCCAAUAUAUAUAGCUUCCGUCAACUUCCGGCAGAACAAAAAUGGGUACCAAGGAUGACGAAUAUGAUUAUCUUUUCAAAGUGGUACUUAUAGGAGACUCCGGUGUAGGGAAAAGUAACCUGUUGUCAAGAUUCACCAGGAACGAGUUCAACUUAGAAAGUAAAAGUACAAUUGGAGUGGAGUUUGCUACGAGGAGUAUACAAGUAGAUGGAAAAACGAUCAAAGCACAGAUCUGGGACACAGCCGGUCAAGAACGAUAUCGGGCCAUCACCAGCGCGUACUAUCGAGGAGCUGUUGGCGCGUUACUAGUUUAUGAUAUAGCUAAACACCUGACAUAUGAAAAUGUGGAGCGCUGGCUGAAGGAACUGCGGGACCAUGCUGAUAAUAACAUUGUCAUCAUGCUGGUGGGCAACAAGAGUGACUUACGUCAUCUACGAGCUGUGCCUACAGACGAGGCCAAGGCCUUCGCAGAGAAGAAUAACCUGUCUUUCAUAGAAACAUCAGCCCUGGAUUCUACUAAUGUGGAAACAGCAUUUCAAAAUAUAUUAACAGAGAUUUACAAAAUAGUAUCUAUGAAACAGAUACGGGACAGUAACGACGACGAUAACUCGCCCAGUAGCAAUGUACAAACAAUACAGGUGGCGCCUACAGACAAUUCUAUGCCUCGCCCACAAAAGUGUUGUAAUGUCUGAGACUGCCCCUCUUAAUUCGUGGUUACAUCCACAAGUAGGGGACCGAACAUUCACUUAACUUUCCAAUUGAAUACAGCAGAGGGAAUUUGGAAGAGUCCAAGGAGGGGCCGCAGUGUCUUUCUGGAGAAGUUUCCGAUGAAAUAGGAUCAAUUUCCAAUGAUACAGGAAAUAUUUUGGAUUUUUUUAUUUUAAAGUGAUAUCAGAAAAGAUACAGCGUUAGGGAUGAAAUGUUUAAAGGGAUAUAUAUACAAAAAUGACAUCAAUGUUUUGGCAAGUAGUUUAAUUACUGAAGAGGUGAUAGAGGGGUCAAAAAGAUCGUCGGAACGACAGAUGACAACAUAGUUAUCAUAUUUCCUCACGAAGUCAUCAAGGUGUUUAAUUAUUCUGUGUAUGAGUGUACAGGAAAUAUGAAAUUUGAAUUUUCAGUUUCUGUACAUGUAUAAAGGAAACUGAAAAUAUCAUUAUUUAUUCAUUUGGGAGGGACGUGUUGAGCUCUGUACAAGUCAGAGGAUCAAAACGCAUCUCUCUGUUACUUUAAUGGAAGUGUGUGCAAGUUUUUUGGGAAAAUUUCCUCGGAAAAUAUCAGUGAUUGUGUAGUCCUGAAAUUUAACGAGGAAAAUUUGCCAGUAUUCUGAGAGGAGCAAAUAUAUAUAUAUACAUAUGCGUUGAGAACUACUGUGAUCGCAUCUUCGUACCAUGCCGUAUGUUGUGUAUCGUGUCUGACCAUGGUACAGCAACUUAUUGUAGAUAAACAGGAUUAAGCCAUAUAAGGCUACAACCUUAGUGUUGCACAGUAAUCCCAAAAUUUUCUAAACAUUCUUAAUAAAGGUAUCAUUUUUUACCCAAAAAGAUUUUAUUUUGUAUGUGAAACUUGCUUUCCUAAUUAUGAUGGUUAAUUUUGAAGACUAGUUUUUCAUAUGGGGCAAACUUACAAAGUACUGUUUAAAUUUCAAUGCUCUCCCCAAUAAUUGAAGAAUGCCAUCUAGUCAAGAAAUACAAACUGGUACAUGUCUCUGACCAAAAGCUAGAUACUGGUGGACGCGCCGUCUAUAUAGAAAACUCCUCAAAAUACAUUUUCUACAAACCAUUUACCAGAGGAACAGACCUAUAAUACACAAUGGUUUUGAAGCUCUUUAUUUACUUAUUGACUGGAUUGGUGCAUGUAGCUGUAAUAGCCCGGGAAAACACUGGCGUUACUGUACAGUGGUAACUACCUUUUAAUGUAGUGGGAAGAACUAUUCCCAUUAUAAUAGUGGUGGACGCAAGAAGUGCUAGUGUGAAAGUUUGUAUAACUACUGUAGGGUUAAUUACAUUUCACAAGUGGAAGGUUUCUGUCUUGAUAGCACAAUUUUUAUUAGUUUCACCCCUAUGUAUAACUUUAGUAGACUCUGCCAUGCAUUGAUAUGGAUGAGUCCAUUAUGGGUUAACCAAGGUUUUCAGCUCACCACAGCUGGAAAGUCGAUUGUACUUUUGUAAUGUCGCACUGUCCAUCUGUCAAUAUCAGUUUGUAUAGAGGUGUAAUUUACUGCCUCAGAGUGUUUAUACAUGUGUUGCCUAUUCCUGUUAGCAAGGAGUUUAAUGGUUUGGUUCUUGGGACCAUCGCAUAAGAGACCAUCUUCAUUUUUGGCUGUCACUUCUGUAAAGGUGAAACUUGUCACAGAAGCAGAAAAAAAUGGUGUCGGAGCGAAAAACAUCACAUAGACAAGACUUUGUUGUGUAAUUUAAAACGGCACAGGUGGCCAUGUUCAUAACAUUAAUCAUUAGUGUUUUGUUGGCUUUUUUUGUUUUUUCUCUCUUUUUUUUUAUUAUUUUCAUGUGAACUGGGGAGAGUAGGCCAUUUGUUGAAAUAUUUCACAAACAGUUGAAAAGAAACGAGAUAAAAUUGUGUUGGUCAAUUUCAUGAGUUUAAACCUUGAGAUUUUUUGCUUGGAGCAUGAUGAUAAGUAUUCCUAGAAAUAGUGAUUUACGGCAAUGUUUCAAGGGUUUGUAGUAAAAUAACAAAGAGAUGAAACAACCUGUGUCAUGACGCCUUGACCACCAGAACAUUGUACAAUCAUAGAAGUGGUAGUUUCACCGUCAGCAGUUCGUAUAUAAAGUUGUGUUACCUACAUGUAGCAGCAACACCAGGGAAAUCGUAAACAUCUAUUUGCCAGAAGAAUAGCACAAUUGAUUCAGACACGUGAUCAGACACAUUUCUUGUGUCAAAUGUGAUGAUAAAGCCAUUCUACACCAUCAACAUUCAUCUCCUAGUUAUGUAGAUAUGUACCAGGAAAGAUGUGUUAUAAACGUUUUAACUCAUUCACCCCUGAAGACACAUUUGAACUCGUCCAAUUGAAAGGUUGGAAUAGUCCAUUAUGGCAUUUCAGGGGUGAAUGAGUUAAGUCUGAUCUCUAUUUUUCGGAUCAAUUUUUUUCAGAGUUGUCUUUCUGUUGUUCCUAUUUUUGUGAGGAUUACUAUUGUGAUUUGCAUCAAAUGGAAGCUACUGGGGUAUAAAUGUGUUUAAGUAGGUUUUGUAAAUUUACUCUGAAAAACAUUCUUCUGUCCAAUAUAUGUGAUUCAUGUAUACAACCAGAUUAGACUCUGUUUAUUGAUUUUGCACUUGUGAAAUGGGGUUGGACAAAUGUACAAGUCUUAGACUUGUGUUGUUUUCCUGUAAGUCGGACCAUUAUCUGAUUAUAUAUGGCUUCACACCAUCCUCCGUCGAGAAAUUGUUUUUAUGUUUUCCCUUGCUUUUUCUCAGAGACUACGUUUAAUCUAUAUGUACAGCUACGAAACAUUAUUAUGAUUAUGAAUUAUGUUGAUAAACUUUGAAGAAGAUGUCCUGAUUGUAUGCUUGUAUGUAUGUAAUUUGUACAAAUGUAUAUCUUAUCACCAGCUAA